AUCACACUCGUGCCCCUUCGUUGUAUUAAGAGGCGUAUUAAAGAAGACUUCCGGUGAACUGUAAACGCCACAUCUCAUCUCGUUUUUUAGACAGAGAGAUGCAAGGCGAAGACGAAGAGGAGGAAGAGGAAGCCAGUGAAGCAGAAAACCAGCAAUUCGAUUAGGGUUUUUGAGAUUGAGAUCCGUAAGAUUUAUAGGCAGGAGAGGGAAGUCGAUGGCAAAGUCCGGCGCGGCGGAGGGGACGGCGAUUUCUGAUAGGAGGACGGCGGAAGAACUGAAGAAAGAACUGAGGAGACUCAUAAAGGCGAUCUUGGAGGAAGAUGAAGGGAGAGCGGAGACCUACAAGGAGGCCUCCGAGGUAAUCGCAGCGCUUAAAGAGCUGCGAGUUGGCUCCGCCGCCGGGAUGAUCGGAGGGAAGCGACCGCCGCCGGCAUCCGACGACAAGGUGAAGCAUCAGCAGCUGUCUGAGAAGAAUGCGACGAGCGCGAUCGAAUCGGUUGUUUCGACGCAAGCGUCAGUGUCGAUUCCGAAGCACUUCUUAUGUCCGCUCUCGUCAGCGAUCAUGAGGGAUCCUGUCGUUCUUGCAACCGGUGAGACCUAUGACAGAGCCUAUAUCCAAGAAUGGCUCAGCUCCGGAAACAGAACAUGUCCCCAAACACAGCAAGUCCUCUCUACCACCAUCCUCACCCCCAACCACCUCGUCCGCAACAUGAUCUCCCUGUGGUGCGCCACCCAUGGUGUCGAUCUCCGACCGCCAGAAAACCCAGACACCGAUGGCCUCAUCACCUACUCAGAUCGUUGCACCUUCUCCUCCCUCCUCACCGACCUCUCCUCCCCUUCAACCGCCGACCGCAAACAAGCAGUCAAAUCCCUCCGCCAGCUCACAAAACGAAGCCGAUCCUUCCGAGCGCUCGUCGGCGAAGAUCCUACCGCCAUUCCGCAACUGCUUACCAUUUUAUCCGCUGCUGUUGACGAUCUCGAGCUUAGGGAGGACGCAGUUACCGCAUUGCUCAACCUCUCCAUCCACGACGCUAACAAAAAAGUCAUCGGAGAGAGCAAUGGCGUCGCGCUUCUCAUCCAAUCGAUGAAUUUAGGCGGCACAAUGAACACCCUCGGCAACGCCGCCGCCGCUCUGUUCACCCUCUCGGCUCUAGACUCCAACAAGGUGAGGAUUGGAGAAUUGGGCGCAAUGUCACCGCUGAUCGAUCUGUUUGAGACUGGAAGCCCGGCUGCCAAAAAGGACGCCGCAUCAGCCAUCUUCAAUCUCUGUAUGUUGAAUGAGAACAAAGUCCGGGCGGUGAAGGCGGGUGCAGUCGACGCUUGCCUUGCAGAGAUUGCCAACAGCUCUUCGACAAUCAUGGAUGAAUCGUUAGCAUUGCUGGCAUUGCUGUCAGCGUAUCAGGAGGCUGCUGAAGAGGUGGCGGAUGGCGGCGGUGUGCCCCUGUUGCUGAAGGUUUUGAGGGAGGGGACAAGUGUGAAGAAUGUGGAGAACGCAGUGGUGGUGUUGUAUGCGGUUUGUUCCAGUGUGAGGAGGAAGUUGAAAGAGGUGGGGGAGGAGGAGAAGAUGAACGGGACGAUUUCGAAGCUGGCCUGCGGGGGUACCUCAAGGUCCAUGAGGAAGGCUGCUGGGAUUCUGGAAAAGUUGAAGAGGAUUAUGCACAGCACUCACUAUUCUUGUUAGUCAGAAAUGGUGAAUGAAGAGGGAGGGAAGGAGAAUGUGUUUGAGCUGUACAUAGUUGCAGGAGUUGAGCUUUGGAGAGCUUCUCUGAAAGCAUUUUAGCAUGUCAAAUGUUUGUUCAUAGGUCUUUUAACUUUUUCUCAA